AUGGCAUCCAUUCCCAGUACCAUGAAGGGUGUCAUCAUCAACAAGACAGGAGGAACUGAAGUCCUCGAAUACAAAACCGACCUUCCCGUGCCUCAACUGAAAGAAGGUCAAAUUCUUGUGAAGAAUGACUAUAUCGGCAUCAACUUCAUCGACACCUACUUCCGCUCCGGCCUCUACCCUGCCCCCUCAUUCCCCUACACCCUCGGCCGCGAAGCCUCGGGCACCAUAAUCUCCACCUCCACCUCCGGAAACCUCUACGACCUCUCCUCAGGCGACAAAACCGUCUAUCUCGCCGAAGGCGCCUACGCCGAAUACACCGCAGUCCCAGCCUCCAAAGCCGUAAAAAUUCCCUCGGAAAUGUCCCCUCAAAUCGGCGCAGCAGCGCUCUUGCAAGGACUGACAGCUUUGACAUUGAUUCGCGAGGCAUAUCCCGUCGCCAAGGGGGAUUGGGUUUUAGUGCAUGCUGCAGCGGGAGGGACAGGGUUGUGGUUGUGUCAGUUACUGAAAGCUGUAGGGGCGAAUGUGAUUGGGACGGCUUCGACGGGGGAGAAGAUGGAAUUGGCGAAGAAGGCUGGAGCGGAGCAUGUCGUGAAAUCGGGGAAUGGAGAGGAAUUGAAGAAGCAAGUGCAAGAGUUGACCAAGGGAGAAGGUGUCAAAGCGGUGUUUGAUGGAGUGGGAAAGGAUACGUUUGAUGUGUCGAUGGAUUGUGUGGCGAGAAAGGGGUCUGUGAUUUCGUUUGGGAAUGCUUCUGGGGCGGUUCCGCCGGUGGUGAUUGCGAGGUUGUCGGCGAAGAAUGUGAGGUUGAUGCGGCCGACGUUGUUUGGGUAUAUUGCGACGAGGGAGGAGUUUGAGUUUUAUGUGAAGGAGUUGUUUGAUUUUGUGUUGAAGGAUCAAUUGGAUGUGAGAAUUCACGGGGUGUAUCCGUUGAGUGAGGUGGCGAGGGCACAGGAGGAUUUGCAAGGGAGGAAGACGACGGGGAAGUUGUUGUUGGAUCCUUCAAAGUAG